AUGCCACAAUGUUAUCAAGUGACAGGCACAAGUGCUUCAUCAGCCUCUGCCUCGGCCUCCACAACCGUGUCCACACAGUCAACCGUUGCAUCAACCACUGCUACAUCGGGUCAACCAACAACUUUGGCCUCAACCUCGGCUUCAACUCAAUCAACCGUGGCCAGCACUGUUGCAUCGACCGUGUCCCAAGUUAGUGCAAGUGUUGCUUCAACUACCGUGACGACUACUGCUUCGACCACCUUCACCACUGCGUCAAUCACUGCGACCACCUCUGUCUCAACUACAGUGUCGACCACUGCCCCAGUGACCUCUUCAGUUGCCUCGACCACAGUUACCACCAGUGCAUCGACCACCUUCACUACCGCAUCAAUCACUGCGACUACAUCCGUCUCCACCACUGUGACGACCACCGCACCAGUGACCACUGCUCCAGUGACAACCGCUUCGACCACCGCGACGACCACUGCCUCGACCACCUACACUACUGCAUCGAUCACCGCGACCACCUCGGUCUCCACAACUGUGACAACCACUGCUCCAGUGACAACCGCUUCGACCACCGCGACGACCACUGCCUCGACCACCUACACUACUGCAUCGAUCACCGCGACCACCUCCGUCUCCACUACUCAGACGACCACUGCACCAGUGACUUCAUCGUCAGUUCCAACCUCAACAGUUGCUACAUCAACAGUGUCAACUCAGUCCACUGUAGCCAGCACUGUCGCUUCAACAGUGUCACAGGCAACUGCAAGCACUGCCUCGACCUCUGCUACGACCACUGCUUCGACCACCUUCACCACUGCAUCGAUCACUGCAACCACCUCUGUCUCAACCACUGUGACGACCACAGCCCCUGCAACCUCAAGGCCAACGACAACCGUGACCACCAGUGCAUCGACUACCCAGACCACGACUGCUAGCUCGGCCUCAAUCACAGCUACCACUACUGUCUCCACAACUGCAUCUACCACAUUGCCAUCGACCGCUCCAUCGACUGUCAGACCAACUACAACUGCGUCGACUGUUGCCACAACCACUGGUCCAUCUUCCUCACUCACCGCUACAACAACGGUCACAACCGCCACAUCCCCAGUAACUACUGCUCCAUCGACUGUCAGACCAACAACUACCGCCACAACCACUAGUCCACCUUCAACUGGCAAGCCCAUCACAUCGACAGUCGCCACAUCAACUGCCUCUACUCAGUCCACUGUUGCCAGCACUGUUGCUUCAACCACCAACCCGGUACCAACCACAACUGCUCCAUCGACUGUCAGACCAACAACUACUGCCACAACCACCAGUCCACCUUAUACAACUGGCCAGCCAAUCACAUCGACAAUCGCCACAUCAUCUGCCUCCACUCAGUCCACUGUUGCCAGCACUGUUGCUUCAACCACCAACCCAGUACCAACCACCGCCUCGACUACCCUUAUCAACCAAAGGUUGUACACGAUCCGUGGUAGCGUCUUCAAUGACAUUAACUUGGACGGUGGCAAUGGCAAUGGCGCCGAGCCACUGAUCACCGGAAUCCACGUUGACAUUUACCGCGGUGCCACCCUGGUCAAACAGUUCGUUACUGGCCCAGGAAAUAACACCCUCACUCAAUUCGUUGCCAGUGAACUAUACGCUGGUGAUUACUGUGUCAAGGUGUCAGACCCCAGUGGAAUGUGGAAGAUUGGACCAAAGGGUGUCUCCAACUGGUUUGAUGCCAGUGGUCAGCUAUGCUUCAAACUCAAUGCUAUUGAUUCUCCCAAUGGUUGGUACACUGUCUAUGCCGGAUUUGUCCCACAGUUCACCGUCAAAGGAGUCACCUUCUUUGAUACCAACGAUGAUGGAAAGAUCAACAAGCUUGUUCGUAACAUUGAAGCUGAUGUCAAUAUUGGAGGCAUUAAUGGUGUGCUUACCCAAGUGUCCAAUGGAAAGAAUACCAACUUUGUCACCAAUAUGGCCGGUUAUGUGAUCACUCAUCUUGAUGCUGGAAAGUACUGCAUGGACAUGGUCGAUCCAAAUGGAAUCUGGUUUGCCUCUGUCAAGGGACCAAACAACUUCUUUGACCAGAAAGGUCAUUACUGCUUCGAACUCUCAAUCCCUACCACCGAUGACAAGCAUAUCUUCCGUCUAGACCAUGGUCUUACCAACCUCUACACUGUCGAAGGUUACGCAUAG